CCCAAGUAUUCCUCUUUUCUAAAAGCCCAUUUUACUCGGCGACUUUGCUGAACGUACGACUAGCCGCCACGAUGUGGCCAACCACCCCCAAUUACCACCCAACGUAUCCCCCACUCCCCUUUGGGCCAUGUCAUUCACCUGAAGUUCCUCAAGAGCCAUUACACCAACCCGGAGAGUAUGCGGAGCCACCAGCGGCGAAUUAUCCAGAUUUCCUCGAAGCAGCGAAAAGGGUCAUGGAACCUGGGUCUAGCUCGAGACUAAUUAUCAAGCUCCCAUCUGUCGAAAUUGCUGUUGGAGUCGGCCGUGGCGAUUGGAUAACUGCAGUUACACAACUUGGUCUCCUAACGCAAGCGAUCCAAUAUCAUGGCCUGUUCCCUACUCCAAUGGUCACGAAUCCAAUCCCAAGAGAAGGUGACAAAACCAACAAUGAUAUCGUUAUUGCUUUCGACCACAAGGAGAAGAACGACAAUGAUACCGGCGCGGCCAGUAAAGACAGCGAGGAGAAAAUACGGACCGUUGAAGACUGGAAGAACUAUGUUAAAAAGUCAGAGUUUCUUCUCUUCAAAGAGGAAUUGAAUCGCGAAACUGAGAACAAAAUAUGGAGCAUCCGGGAGAUGUCAGAUAAGUUAUCGAGCCUCCAAUGGCAUUACAGAGACGUAGCGGAUAACAUCGAAACUGAAACGGAAGUACGGGAAGAUGCCAUAAAAAGGGUGAUGCGUCGUUUUGAUGAGAUACAGAAAGAUCUCGACCAAAUCGGAAAGGUGUUUGAAACUCUGGAAGAUCUGGUAAACGCCGGCUACAUCCUGGAAGUUCCCACAGUUCCCACCCCAUAUGGUUACAAGCACAGUCCUUGGACAGCCAAAUCACCAGUCCCAUAUCCUCUGAAAAUCGGCGAGAAUUGGAGAUCGAGGCAUGCAGAUCUGUCAAAAACAGAUCGCUCUGAUGUCAAGGGGAAAGGCAAGGAAGAAGCCGUGGACAGUCAUUCUACUUCCACUACCGGUGCCGCUAGUAGUGCAACCCUCGGCGAGGCCAAGCCAUCAAAGUCUUACAAUUUGUUUGCGGGUUCUCCUUUUCCUCCGCUCGUUGUCAAUGGUACGACUCAUACCCCACUGGCCCGAUCUCGACUCCAGCCCCUUACUGCUGGACUGGAUUCUAUGUUGGCUUCGCAUCCGAGACCCAUGGCCUACCCUUCGCAUUUUUAUAAGUUUGGGUCUAAGAUUAGCGCCCGCGUUAGGAACGACAUUGCGGGAAGAUUCACUAAUAUCGGUAAGUCUGAACAUAGCACGGCUAGGGAUGGCGAGGCAGAAAAGAGCAAGGUCCAAGACGACAAGGACCAAGGCACCGGCGUGAACGACGGCGAGGACCAGAAAGAGACCGGGAAGAAAGACUGUUGCUGCGACGAUGACGAUGACAAGGAUUUACAAGAUCAAGACAUCGUGAGCCAUUGGGACAAAUGUAGUGCUAUGGAUAUUAUGGAGUUCCCCACGGAUUAG